AUGGCGUACUCUUUCUACACCCGCGACGUUGUCUCCGAAGUACAAUCACUCCCAGAUACAUUAUCCAGCUGGGACAAAUGUAUGCAAAAGUCCUAUUGCAAGUGGCCUGUCAUUGCCGCGAUUGUCAUCGGCUCACUCAUACUGCUUUCUGUCCUCUUUUGCAUCGCGCGAUGCCUCUGCUGUGGGGUUGAGAUCUGCUCAUGCUGUAUGAGCUGUUGUGGCGGCUGUUGUAGGGGAAGUCGAAGUCGUGAGCGUCCUUCGAAAUUUAAAGACGACUAUACGCGCAUGCCCCCUACUCCUUACCAAGGAUACCAGCCUACCCCCAGUCCCAUGGCGUACGGAAACCCCAACGCACCUCAGUUUGCUACGUUCGAUGAUCCCAGCACCAAGAGGAUGAUCAAUGAAGAUAGUCUGCCACCCAUGCCCAGCUGGGACACUGCGACUAAAAGAAGAGUCGAAGACACCAGUGAGCCACCACACCAGAAUGCGAAUGGGGAUCUGGAGAUGGGCAGACUCGACACACAACCGCAAAGGAUGAGAGGGGGCUAUAACAGCGUCCCAAAUGGACCCAUGUCACCUAUCUCAUCAAACCCUCAACAAGAUUAUCCCCGUAACGGAACCGGCAUGAACCACUCCUACAACUCCGACUUGGGCGAUCAAAGACUUCUGAGCAAUAACAGUCAGGAGAACUUCCAGGCAGUCCCGCUCAGCCCACCCCCGACCUAUCGUUCCAAUUCUCAGGCGCCGUCAGUUACAAGCGGUUCGGACAGAUUCAUCGCUGGUACCGCCAGUCCGAGCCCUUAUGAGUACAAUCGGGGCCCUCUGCCACAAACCGGCCCUCAAUACCCCUACGCUCCAAAUAACGCCAUGAACAACCGAUACGAACCACCACAGAAUGAUUACAAUUCGCAUAGGAUCAGUAUGCCGAAACCUUACAACCCUGUGCCUUCCCCGCCAAUGCAAGCGCCAUACCCAGAAUCCACUGCAUCGCCAUAUGAUGCCCGUCCGCCAAGUUUCUUGCAGGUGGGAAGAAAAGCUGUCCGUGGAAGUACCAGAGAAGUGUAA